AUGAAAGGUCAGACUAGCAGACGGAACAAAAAGAAAUGCACGGCACGCCACUCUAGAUGCUACAUUGAAGCCUAUAUUACCAGGGUUAGCUAUUCGCCAGAUGCUGUUCUUUACAAUCAUCUAAAUGCACCACCAUGCAUUUGUCCACCUAUGAAAGUUUCUGAUUUAAGUGGGAUACCAACCACUUAUACAGAUCCAUUGACAAAACUAAAUUAUGCAACUUGUUCCGAGUUUAAAAGAAUACGUUAUUUGCCUCAGCAUAUCGUUAAUGGGUACCUGGCUUUGAGAGGAGUAUCUAAUAUUUGA